AUGACCCGUCAAUUAGUAGAAGAAGCCUUUGGUAGCAACAAUACCAGCAUAGACUUGUACAAGGAUGUUUUACAAUGCCCCAAGGACGCUUCCAAUGCUCAACUUCGCAAAGCCUAUUACAAGCGAGCAAGAGACUUUCAUCCAGAUAAGAAUAAGGAAGAAUCUGCCAAGCUCCAAUUUCAAGCCAUUUCCUUUGCGUACAAUUAUCUAAAAGAUCCGGAACGUCGAAAGGAUUACGAUGAAGAAGGAAUCUUACCAGAUGAAAAUGAUAUGGGUGACAAUGGUGAUGACGACAAUGACAAACCAAACGACUGGAAGGCAUAUUUCGAUAUGAUAUUUGGAAAAUUGUCGUCCACCAAGAAAAUAGAUGACUUUGAGCUCAAAUACAAAAUGAGUCUAGAAGAAGAAGCGGAUGUUUUGAAAUACUACGAACAGUUUCAAGGCAACCUAGUCAAAUGCUUGGAAUUUGUCAUGCUGAGUCAGGACCGGGACGUCAAGAGAUGGAUGGAAGAUUAUAUCCAACCUGCCAUUGACGAAGGCAAAGUAACCAACUAUGAAGCGAAUCUGAAAUCGAGUAUUGGCAAGAUUGACAAGAAAUUAGCCAGAGAACAAAAGAAGAAUCAAUCCAAACAGAAGAAAACCAAAACUAAGGUAGAAGAGGACGAAGAAGGCGAAGAGGACGACGAAGAAGAAGUUGCCAUUGAUGAGGAUGAAACGGAAUCUGAAGACUCCGAGGACGACAAACGAAAAUCCAAAAAAAAGAAGGCAGCUAAACCUGCCGCAAAAAAGGCCAAGCCAACAGUUACAAAGCGUCGGCGUCAGGUAAUGGGCGGAUGCGGACCAUCAGACGGGUUGAUUGCCGCCAUUCGGGGACGACAAAAUAGUAGGAAUAGUGGGGGAAGCGAAAAUUUGUUCGCUUCCUUGGGUGCUAGAUAUGGGGUGGACAUGGGCGAUGAUGAUCCGUUGGAUGAUGCUGCAUUUGCUAAAAUACAGUCCAAACUGAAAAAGAAGAAAGGAAAAUAA